AGUAAUCGAACCGUCAAAGACAAAUUUAAUCGUACAACAUUUUGCAGCUUAAAAUUUAAUUAAAUUAUCUAUAUGUCAGGAGCAAUUUAACAUAUAGUGUCGCUGUUGAAUGAGCAAAAAGGAAAAGUCGAAUUUCAUUAAAGUGCACUCAUAAUAUUUUAUGCUGCAAUUCCCAGUAUUGAGAACAUAAAAGUGACAUUUGGUGUGACGAAAUAGCUCAUAUUCGCAGUUAUAACGCGAACGCAUGAGUUAGAGGGAGUACAACAUAUGCUGUAAUAAGUCAAGUCAUACGUUGAGCUUCGAAAUUAAAGAGCGUAAAGAGGAACAAAAAUAGCAAUAAUUACAAUGGCGAAUCCAUCAAGCACCGGUGUUGUGGUUCCACGUAAUUUCCGUUUACUGGAAGAACUAGAUCAAGGUCAAAAAGGCGUUGGCGAUGGCACUAUAUCUUGGGGCCUUGAAAAUGAUGACGAUAUGACCUUAACAUAUUGGAUUGGCAUGAUUAUUGGACCACCUAGA